UUGAGUUUACCCAAACUUGUUAAAACGAUGAACCCAAAAACAAAAACCUGACCAACGUCCCAGAGUUGGCGUGAAGUCAACAGCUCCGGCGGGAAAUGUUAGUCGGAGGAAAGACAACGAAGAAAACAAUGGCGAACAUCACCGUUAAAACCCUCCUCAUCUUCUCAUUAAUGGCGGUAGUUUUUUCUGGGCAAGAAAACUCAAGUUCAAGCAGAUUGAUACAAGUUAAAGGAGGCCCAAAUUCAGUAAUUUGGGUGGUUCAACUCUCUGAUCUUCAUUUCAGUGUUCAUCACCCAGAUAGAGCUCUGGAUUUCAAGAAUUUGGUGGGCCCUUAUCUUUCUGUCAUCAACCCUUCUCUUGUUCUUAUCACCGGCGAUCUCACAGAUGGGAAGAGCAAAGAUCACUUAAACAUGAAACAAAAUGAGCAAGAGUGGGUGGAAUAUCGGGAUGUGAUGGCAGAUGUAGUCAAGAAGAGUGGACUUGACAAGAGCAUCUUCUAUGACCUUAGAGGCAAUCAUGAUAAUUUUGGUGUGCCAUCUGUUGGUGGCACCUUUGAUUUCUUUUCAAACUACAGUCUAAAUGCUGAAGCUGGGAGAACUGGGCAUGUAAACAGUGUCACGCUUCAGACAGAAGAUAGAAGGCAUCUAUUUGUUGGGAUUGAUAGCACCAUGGCAGUUGGCCUCAGAGGUCCAACCAAUCUUUUUGGGCAUCCAACUGAUAAAUUGCUAGCUGAGCUGGAUUCUGAGCUAUCAAAAUGGGGUGCUGAUCCGAAGAAUCCAGUGGUAAAAAUCUCAUUUGGACAUUUUCCUCUUUCAUUUUCAGCAGCCUCAGAAUCUGGGAGGACCCUAAAAGAUGUUUUUCUCAAACAUUCAAUAUCUGCUUACCUAUGUGGACAUCUCCACACGAGGUUUGGCAAGAAUUUGAAACGGCUUCACCAACCAAGUAAUGAUCUCAUGCAGCUGAAUAUGCAACAGACGCCCUCCAAGAUUUCUUCAAAUGGAUCAUCCAAAGUCCAGGAAUUCUGGGAGUGGGAAAUGGGUGACUGGAGGAGAAAUAGAGCUAUGCGUAUUUUGGCUAUUGAUAGAGGUCAUGCUUCAUUUGUAGACAUCAACUUGAAUUCGGGUACUAAAAAAACUAUCAUCUUACCUACUUUCCCCCUAGACUCUCGCUUCACAUUGGCAUCAUCUCAAUUAAGUGAAUUUGAACAUCAAUCAUUGGACCCCUCACACUACAUGACCAUAAGAGCUUUGGUCUUCUCAUCAUCUCCAAUCAUAUCAGUGGUGGCUCGGGCUUAUGACUCUGAGCUUGGAAAGCUUAUUCUGGUUGUGGAGGAAUCAAUGACGGAGAUCAAGGAUAGCUCCUCAAGAGGAGCUCUUUAUGCAGCACCUUGGAAUUUCAAAGCAUUUCAGGACCCAUCUCCAGAAAGAUACUGGCUGCAGAUAGAAGCAAUUGACGUAAGAGGAAGAUCAACCUUAACCGAGUUGAGGCCAUUCUCAAUAAAUGGUCUUUCCAGUUCUCUGUCUUGGACAUGGAAGGAGUUUAUGGUCAUGGGUUGCCAGUGGGCUGCUUUGUAUUUCCCAAUACUCUGGCUUUCUGUCGGGUGCUCCUUAUUUAUUCUUCUUCUCCCUAAGGCUUUGCUAAUUUUUUCCAAGAAACGGUACACAUUACAGAAUUUCUGUACUGACAAAAAUUUUAAAAAUGGUGUUGGAUGGGUCUUGACAGAGUUGUACAAGCUGCGCUCAGUGUGGCUUGGAUUUCUAGGUUACUUGUUCUACCUUGUUUUAUGUCCUUGGUUUUCCGGGCAAUUAUUUACUGAUGGUUGUGAAAGGGGGUAUAUGACUUACAGGGGCUGGGUAGUGAAGCAUCCGGAGAUGGGUAAGAAAUUGGAGUACCUUGGGUUUCCGGAUAUAAUGGUGAUUGUCAUUCCUCAUUUGGUAUUUGUAGUUUUUCCUUCUAUUCUAGUAACCUUGGGAUUGGCUAUGGAAAGUGAAAUUUAUAGAAUACACCUUUUAGCACUUUCAGGUAAGAAGGAAGAUGAUCAUUGUAAAGAUACCCCAAAAUCUAGACACAGUAACACUCAAAGUCAUAGACCUUCCAAGUUUUAUAUUGGUACACGCUUGAUCAGGAGAGUUUCUAUGGUGGCUUGUCUGCCGAUCUUCUACAAGCAUUUCAAGAGUUGCAAACUGCUGGUAAAAGCCUACGAAAUGAACCCGUUGUUACAUUUCCCAGUUUAUUCUUUCUCAAUACCACUUCUGCUGGCAUAUGCUGUCUACAAAACCAGCAGACGCUAGCAUCCUGAGCAAGCCACAGGAAUUUAUCAUAAUUGAUCAGUUUUCAGAAGAAUUAGAAGACAAUUUUCUUGAACAUUCAUAGGACACAGCAUGCUGUAUUAUAAUGCAAAACCUGAUACAAGCCUCUAGGUGCAUGUGGGUCUACAUAUAUGAGGUGGUUCAUUACGGAAGAGUUCCGAGUAUCAGAACAAGUUAUGGUUACAGGUAAGGUUACUCGCUUUUUGUGUCAAAAAACAAGCAAAUACCCUAGUAAACAGCUGUUCUUGAUCCAGCAUUUACAAUGAGGAAGCUAAAACUUCCUGGAUUCCUCUCCUAACAUUUAUAGUUGUGUGGAAACUUUUGUACAAAAAACAGUUAGGGAGCUAUGCUAAAAUGUUUUGUUAGAAAGUGAGUUUUCUUUUCGUUUA